AUGGAUCCCUUCACACUGAACAACUCAGAUGGAGAUUACGCAGACUAUUUUGAUGUGACUUCCUUUUCAUUGUUUGACAUUCCCGUAUUGGUGCCAGUGACAAUCAUUUGUAUUCUCUUGUUUUUCUUGGGCGUUGCUGGAAAUGUGACCAUUAUAUUAAUUUUUAUGCAUUACAAGGAGAUGCGGACAACUGUUAACAUGUAUUUAUCUAGUAUGGCCUUGUCCGAUAGUUUGAUCUUCCUUGGCUUGCCUUCCGAUUUGUACAGAAUUUGGAAAUACAAGCCAUACAUCUUUGGCAAUUUUCUCUGCAAGUUUAUUGUCUAUCUCAGUGAAACCUGCACAUACUCCACAAUUCUCCACAUAACUACGCUGAGUGUCGAAAGAUAUUUUGCGAUCUCUUUUCCUUUGAAGGCUAAAACGACCAUCACUAAAGGACGGGUCAAAGGUAUCAUUCUUCUAAUAUGGCUUUGUGCUUCAGUGACGGCCAUCCCAACUCUCUUUCUCUUUGGUGUCGAACACCGCAAUGGAAGCUUACCAGAGGAAACGAACGAAUGCAAAUGCAGAGAGCAAGCUGCCCAUUCAGGGCUUCUGGAAACAAUGACAUGGCUCUCCACGCUUUACUUUUUCCUUCCCGUGUUUUGUUUGAUGCUCCUCUAUGGGCUGAUCUGUCGAAAGCUCUGGAGAACUGCACAUAACUUGGAGGGACAGCAAGCUGCAACUCGAGAGAGGAACCACCAACAGACGGUCAGAAUGCUAGCCGUGGUGGUCCUGGCCUUUGUGUUGUGUUGGCUCCCCUUGCAUGUGGGUCGGAUUCUCUUUGCCCAAGGAAAUAUGGUCCUCUAUGAGAUCAGCCAAUACUUCAACCUCGUGUCAAUGCUGCUGUUUUACCUUGGAGCAUCUGUAAACCCAAUCCUGUAUAACGUCAUGUCCCAAAAAUACAGGAAGGUUGUAUGCAAGUUUCUGAACCACGGCCGGCCGUGGCAGCCAAAACACUUCAGCAGGAGCAUCAAGACUUCCGUAGAAGGUUUGGAAAUCAGUUCUUUCAUGUAA